AUGAUGUUCUCUAAUCGUAUCCUUACUCUUCUCCUCUUCAUCGUCUCGUUUGGUCUCUUUGCCUACUCCAAGCCAAUCGACAGCAAUGCGCUUGCUGCACGGGCGAUCAGCGGCGACGUCGCCCAGCCUGUCGGAGGCUUGACUCCUCGUGGCUCAUGCGGAUGUGACAAUGACCUUCUUCUUGUUCUCCGUGACCUACAUCUCAAGCUCAAGGUCAAAAUCGAUCUUCUCGAUGGCCACCACCCUAUCGAGCCCAUUAUCGCCGAAAUUAUCGCCAUCAUCGAUGUCGCCGUCAAAGUCAUCGCAAAUAUCUACAUCUCUGUGGAUGGCAUUACCGUUGCCAUCCAUGCUUGUGUGGAUAUCAUCGUUCAGAUCAUUGUGUCGAUUUACCUUGGUAUCUACAAAUACGGGCUCAUCCAUCUCGUCGUGAUCAUCUCCCAACUCAACGUGUGCAUCACCGCUUUCGUGAAGAUCAUCGUCCAUAUCUGCCCUUCUUUCCACGAUUUACUCAAGGUUGCUCUCUCUGUUCAUCUCGACGUCCUUGGCAUCUUUGUCGAUCUUCCUAUUUUCCUUGGCAUUUCCUUGUAA